AUGUCCACAGCCGAAAUCAAAUACCCUCUCGAGGGAAACACACGAAUCGAGAUCGAGGUGAGCAAAGUGCUUGACGACGCCAAGAUCCCCAACUUCAUCUGGGGCCAAGGCGUGCAUCUCAUGAUGGGCAUCAAAGAUAAAUGGGAUACACCCGGCUGGGUAGUCCGCGACAAAGACAUCCAAUUAGCCGCAUAUGUCUUGAGUUGUACCUUCCACACAGGAAAACCCUAUUCCGCACGCAAGCCCGAGGAAAGAAAAACCCCCACGCCGGGGGAAUACUGCUUCGAGUACGGAGUGUUCGGGGUGCAAGAGAUUCAUCUUCACAAGAAGAGUAGUCGAUGCCCUAGUUUCCCUGACCCUCCUUUAGAUAAUCCGGGCAAAAAUGACCAGUAUUACAUGCUCACUUCGGAUAGACGCCUACCGGUGUCGCAUAUUGUCAAGGUGCGCGAUAUGCCGGAGGAGAAUUACUAUUCUGUGAAGAUGCCCGUGCCGGCGAGAUACGUGGAGAAUCUUGUACUAUUCUGCGCGUGGAAUCUGGCUGUGGUGGAUAUUCCGGACCCUUAUUAUGAUACAUUGGUUUAUCUGGCGAGGGGGAUGGGAUUGGAUAGUACGAAUUACUCGUAUGUUGAGCCGAAGGAGUUGCAGCCUCCGUUUGAUAGGUUCAUGAAGAUACUGGAUCUUGAUGCUAGUAGACAUGGCGAGGAGGGUCUUAAGAGGGAUCUGUGUCAUCGCAGGUCUUAUCGGUUUCUGUGUGAGAUUCUCAUGGCAUUGAGGAAGAUGAGGCAGGUUCAGCGGGACAUGAAUGAGUCACUACGCUACUGGCCGCCGAUGGAACGGGGGCUAGAAGCUAAAUGUGAGGCUAUGGAAUUGGAAUAUGAAGAUCCACAGGACCCGGACGAGACGCCGAUGCUUCAUCAUGAUUUGGUUGCGGCGUUGGCUAGUAAGAAGUGGAGGUAUUCUCCGGUUGAGUGUGCUAGCACGUAG